AAUGCCGACCUUGAGCUCCUCUUUGACCCAGAACUCAUUCCCGCCGAUGUCAAAUCCCAGCUCGGGCCUGAUCUGCACAUACGUCCUCUAGCCAAGACAGACUACACGCGCUCGCCGCACCUGUCAGUUCUCUCUGUCCUCACCAUUGUGUCCGAUCCAUGUGUGGAGGCAUACUCAGCAGCCUUUGACAAGCACCGCCGCUCUCCCUUCACUUACUCGAAGUACUUCACUGUUGUCAUAAUCCACAAACCCACCGACCAGAUCGUUGCCGUCGGCUGUGUCUUUAUCGAGCAAAAGUGUCUCAGAGGCCUUGGUAAGGUAGGCCACAUAGAGGAUAUUGCGGUGAAUAAGAACGUGCAGGGAAGGAAGUUGGGGUUGAUGGUUAUACAGGCGCCUACGGCGAUUAGUGAGGGGCAGGGAUGUUACAAGACGAUCCUGAACUGUAGCGACGAUAAU